AGAAACCAAAAACCCAAAGAAAUCGGUUUAAAAAUUAUCCUCAAGAAAAAAACCUCCCUUCCAACAUAUGGACAUGUUUAUUUCUCAUCUCACUGAUCCAAUCGAUCAAAAAAUCUACUGGCUGAUUGUCCUCCUAGACGCAACAUUUGCUUUAGAUUUGUUCCUCAAUGUUGCGAAUUUUAUUUGGACCAAAAAAAAAUCGCCAUACAAGCAACCGAUAAGAAGCGAGAUGGUUUUAACAAUCGACUUGAUCCUUGUGUUUCCUUAUUCGUACAUUUACGAGAAUUUUGCUGCUAAUUAUAACAAGACAGUUUUUCUCUAUUUGCGACUAAUUUCAGUGCUCCGUUUGUUCCAUUUAGUGUUGUUUUUUAAAGAGAAGUGGAACACAGCCGGGAUUAAUCACCUCAAAUGUUUUACUUUUCAAUUUUUGAUUUAUUUUAUGAUAAGAAUGCAUGGGGCGACGUGUCUUUGGCAUUAUUCGACUUACAGAAGCGAUUUUGUUGAAAAAUACAACACGACUUCGGAGCAAUAUGUUAGUUGUUUUUAUUUCGCUUUGAUGGAUAUUACGAAUCGGAAUUUCGGCGAUUUGACUCUUUGGAGAGUGACUGAGAAAAUUCUUUCAAUUUCAAUAAUGGGAAUGGGUUUCACAGUGACUGCAAUUUUUAUCGCAAGUUUGGCACUUCUACUAGACAAUAAAUACAAACAAAGAACUCAUCUCAAGACUCACUUCCGGACUGUUUUGCAAUUCCUCAAGUCACUCCCAACCAAUACGAAACAAAUUCAAGACUAUUACAAUAUUCUAUGGGAGAAGAAAAAUGGAGUACACCGAGCCACACAAUUCGCCACUCUCCCGUACCCCCUAAAAUGCGAAAUUGGAGUCGAUAUUAACAUCCAUUUUUUCCAAACUUCGCUUCUUUUUCAAAACAAACCCGACGCGUUUUUGCGACGAGUUUCAAAUUUAAUGAAACACGAAUUCCACCAAGCCGGUCAACUGAUUUAUCAGCGCAAUGUUGUCAAAAAUAAAACAAUUUUUGUGGUUCUUGGCACCGUGGAAAUUUUAUCAGACGAAGACGACGAAAGCCCUAUUGUUACCCUGACCUCAGGGACUUGUUUAGGCGAAAGCUCCCUAAUUUUGAGCCUUCCAGCUAAGUGUUCAGUCCGCACGUCCAGCUACACUGAACUCCAAGUUCUCUACCGGAGGGAUUUUGUCACGAUCCUGGACCUUUAUCCCCAUGUUUACAACAAUAUACGUGAUGCCAUUUUACAAAGAAUUGUGGACGCGCAUGAGGUGCAAACACUUGAGGAUAAACAAAUCAACUUGCAUCCGUUUUUUCCCAAAAGUGACAAAGUUUCGGUGAAAAGUCUUAAAGAUAAGUUAAGGAAAAAAGCCAAAUUUGUGGAUAAUCGUUAUGUGGCUUUGUAUCGCCUGAAGGAUUCGUCUGAGAAAAAUAAAAAAUUUCCUUGGAUUCUCGAGCCAGAAUCUCCAGUGAGGCAAUGUUGGGAGUAUUUUAUUUUAGUCGUCGCUUUGUAUAUUAACAUCACCUUCCCUUACUACAUUAUUUUUGUCAAGUCCUACCCGGUUUGGUUCACUUUUCUCUCGAAUUUCUUCGACGUAAUCCUCGUUUUGGACCUUGUUAUUAUUCUGACCACAGCAAUUGACGAAAAAAAUUACAAAAUUGACACUUUCAUGGCCAUCACCCAAAAACGGGUCGUUCAACUUGGAUUCUAUUUGGAUUUCUUCAGUUGCAUCAAAACCGAGUUGUUUUACUGGAUUUGGACUCGAAACGAGCGAUUUAGUGACGUUCUAAAACUAAACCGUUUGGUCAAAAUCUACCGAGUCCCGAAACUUAUCCGAAAAUACGAAAAUAAGAUCGAGUCAAAUUUCCACGGUUUGACUCUCUUAAAAUAUAUUUUUUAUCUUCUUGUGUUAACUUACUGGUUUGGUGGGUGUCUAUACCUUGUGACCUGUUUCGAGGAUUCUUGUACUGAAGAUGGUUGGUUAUUCACGAAACUUUUGAAAGAUUUCAAAGAGCAACAAACGACGUACAUAACUGAUCCUUUGUUAACUUCUUUGUAUUUUUCACUGUCGUGUUUGACCGGUUUUACACCGGGGGAUAUCUCACCGGUCAAUAUAACCGAUCGGGUUAUAACCAGUUUUGGGUUCAUUUCGGGGCUGUUUAUGUUUAGUUGUUGCGUGGCACAAUUUGCCGCUGCUUUGGCAAGGAAACUGAAAAUGCGGUUGGACUUCCAGGAGAAGUUUUGCAUAGUUUUGGACUGUCUCAAAGAUCGGCAAUUAAGCUCCGAUUUGGUCAAAAGAGUCAAAAAAUUUUUGUUGCUCCAAUGGAUGUACGAUAAAGCCGCGAUUUUCCGACAACAUUUAUUCUACAAUGUCGACCCAAACAUGCAAAAAGUUGUGCAAAUUGAAGAAAAAAUGGACACGUUUUUAUCGGUCCCGUUAUUCCAAAACUUGGAUAAAAAUUUUCUAGUUGCUCUCGCCGCAAAAGCACCGAUUUUGGUCCUACCACCCGAAGAAUACGUGACUUACAAAGGAGAAUUUCUAAAAAUAUUGUACAUAAUUAUGAGAGGGCACUGCAUUCGCCAGUUUGAAAAAAACUCAGUCUUGUUGGGUCCUAAAUCAUCCUUCGGCACUUUAUGCUUCUUCUCAAACGUCAAUUCUUUGUGUACUGUUGAAACAGUAACUCAUGUUAAGCUCAUCUACAUCACCGAAGAAAUUUUUUGGGCGGUAGCUUCAAUGUUUCCAAAAGUUGCUAAUGGGUUCAAAGUAAGUUCGGAAAAUUUUGACUUAAUUACCGAAUUUCGAAGAAUUCCAAUACGUGGGUCGCUUGAAAAUAUUGCAGAAGUUGACGAUGACCUCUGGUUGUCCGAAGAUUCACUCUUGAGUGUUAUUUCGUAUUGUAGAGAACGUAAAGAGAAUUAUAGUACGCCUUAUCGACAACUAGGGGUCCUGUGUUGGGUCCAAAUGCUGAUGUUACCCAUUUGCAUUCUACCAUAUGGAAGAUUAAUCAAAGUAUGGGUUAUAGGACGACUCUUGGUGACUCUAAUCGUGGCAAUUUUGAUACCUUAUCAAUUAAUUUUAAAACCCUACACUUCCACCAUCGACAUAAUCACUUUCGUUACUGAUUUAAUUGCAUAUUUGGACCUCUAUUUUAAUUUAUUUGUCGGUUAUUACGGUCCUAGGAACCAACUCGUUAUACAUCCCUUGAAAACAGCCAUUCAUUACUUGAAAGGAAAAUUUUUACUAGAUUUUGUGCUGUGCUUUCCGUGGGAAACUCUAGUACAACACUUUUCUGGUAAUUAUUACAACGUAGCUAAAAUUAUUCGACUGGGUCAGAUUUAUCGAUUAAUUCAUUUUUUCAACUAUGUGUCCACACUUACAAAGAAGAAGAAAUAUGGAGUUGUUCUCCAUAUUUUGAAAUUUAUUCCAUUGGUGAUCAUUUUUAUCCAUUUUUGGGCAACAAUUUUCGUUAUAAAUACUUGUAAUUACUCCCCAAAUGGAACAUUUCUGUGUCACAAAAAUUCAUGGAUUGACAGGUCAAAAUUUCAAAAUUUUUCUCACCCUCUCGAAGUGUAUUCAACAUCAAUUUAUUUUUGUACCAGUGUUUUGGCUUCUACCGGUUUAGGAGACAUUACACCAAAAAGCCCCAGUUCUGUUAUUAUUACAAUAACGAUGCAAAUUUGCACAAUUUUAUUCAUUGGUUAUGUGUAUGCAAAAAUCGCAAGUUACAAGACUCACUGGUACACCAAUCUCUUCAAAACCCAAGAAAUGAUAAACGAGUUAAAAAAAUUUUUGGUACAAGAAAACGUUCCGAAAAUUCUCCAGAUGCAAGUCAUCCAGCAAUUGGAGUAUCGCUGGAAACGUAAAAAACUUGAACCAGACACAACUUUGGCUAAAUUCCAUCCAGCUCUUCAUGAGGAUUUAGUUUACGUAAUGUUCGAAAAUGUUUUACAAAACGUCCCAAUAUUUUCAAAUAUUGAUAAAUCAUUUCUACGACUCUUUGGGAGGAUUGUCAAAGAGCAAUGUUUUCUUCACCAAGAGGUGGUUUUUCGAGCCGAUGAUAUUGUCUCAGAGUUGUAUAUAAUUGAGAGAGGCACUGUCAAAAUUGUUGACAAAACUGGAAGUUUUGAGUCGCAUCUGGAAGCUGGCGCAAUUUUUGGCAAUUUGACUCCCAGAACUUUGCAUAAAGUUUCAAUGACUGUGACAGCGUUAACUAAUAUUGAUCUUCUGUGUAUUAACACUGAAGAAUUCAAUUUGUUACUAAAUAAGUAUCCUUGGAUUCAAGAUGCAAUUACAUCAAGCUUGACAAACGAAGAUUUUAUGUUACACGAGAUUAAAAAUGAGACUUCUGAGGCGAGUCUCGCACAAUCAACCUAUGACUCCACUACAAGUUUCAACCCUUUAAAUACCUUAUCAGAAAUCAAACUAAAUUUGGUUGGAUGUUUCCUUUUGUGUCAACCCUGGAAAUUUUUCAAUAUAACAAUCCCGGAAUAUUCCCUUUUUAUAAAAAUUUUUGACAUCUACUGCCUGGUUUUAACUUACAUCAACUCAAUUCUAGUUUUGUACGAAUUUUCGUUUCAAAAUCAUGAUAAAUUUUUCUUAAAUGUUGCAAUUUACCUUGAUGUUACUUUUAUUUUAAAAAUACUGAUCGAAAUGCACAAGACUUACGAAAACAGGUUUGGAGAGCACGUAAAAUCGAACAAGAAAAUUGUUUCACGAUAUUUUCGCAACAAGAAGCUGAAACGCAGUGUCGAUAUUUUUGUGAAUUUCCCGUUCUAUUAUUUGGCUUUUUUUGGAACAUUGUUUACUAGUUUUAAUGCAAGUUUUUAUUUUUCAUGUCUCAGACUGGUCACACUUUAUAGAUUGGUUUAUUUUUGGGAGUAUUACAAAAUUAGAUCAAAUCAGUUAAUGGUCAAAAUUUCGCUUCUGAAAAUCGGUGCAAUGAUAGUCUGGGGGACUUUAAUGAUUCAUAUUUUUUCAUGCGGGUGGUAUCUGUGUGCGUGUCCUUUAAUUACUUGCUUUAGCGAUUCUUGGGUAAAUGAGGUCUUUAACACAACCUCGCCACACUUUUCGGACAAAUUAGAUCUUUAUGUUACAUCAUUAUAUUUCGUAAUUAUAAUAAUGACAACGACUGGAACUGGUGAUAUUUCAGCCAACAGCAUUCGUGAACAAAUUUUCAUCACUUUUAUGAUGCUGACUGCGAUUUUUCUCGCUGGAAUUUUUAUUGGCGAGAUUUGGAAUUGGCUCAAUUCCACUACAAUCGCACGAGUGAAAUACGACAAUGAAAUCAACGAACUUAAACAAUAUUUAAAAAAUAGUAACAUCAGUAAUUAUCAAAUGAAAAAAAUGUGGCAUUAUGUUCAACAAAUCUGGACGGUCAGUCGAGGAAAUCAAGUACCUCAAGCAAUUUCUCUUUUACAUUCUGCUACUUUACAAGAUUUGAUGUUACAAAUCUACGGACCACACAUUUCAAGCUCGUAUGUGUUUUCAGACCUAGAGAGGUCAUUCACCCGCCAGUUGUGCCAAUACCUCAAACGUUGCGUUUUUUUCCCGGGGAAUUACAUAGUCCAACAUGGCGAUUUCGAUAAUACCAUGUAUUUCAUCCAUUAUGGAGAAGUCGAAAUAUUAACUGUUCAUUCGAAUUUAACCGAAACCAUACAUGAAGUACUACGUAGAGGGGAAAUGUUCGGAGUGACGCAGGGUUUAUUUUACGAUAUUCCUCACCAUUUCUUUUUUCGCGCCCGCACUGCUGUGCAUUUAGUGGCUUUACGGUUUGACGAUUGGCAGCACUUGUUAGAGUUUUUCCCCGAAAGUCGGGACGCUAUGUACACAAAAACAAACAGAGUUCAAGUGUAGUUUUAAAAGUUUGAAACGCCAUGAAUAAUUAAAAAAUUAUAUUUUU